ACAACCACGCCUCAUAGAACCUAAUGCUUAGCCAGGACCAACAGAUACAGCAAAUACCAGCAGGUAAAGCCAGGAAGAAGGAUUCGAUAGAACAGUUUAUUGAAUCCACACAACCUUUUCUUGAAAAUGGUUUAUCACAGCUACGUUACAUGAUACUUAUUGAAGGGUUGUCAGUUCCACCAGGAUAUGACCAGUGUCCUUAUCGAGCUUACGUAUGGUCAAUACUCUCGCGAGCACAGUUAUACCCUGUGGAGAACUAUAUUAACCUUUUAGCACAUGCUGAAGAAACACUAUCUCCUGAGCUAUAUGGCAAGAUCAAAAACGACACGUUUCGCACAUUAAUGAAUGAUACAAAGUUCCAUCUGAAAGUAAGUGAAGAUACGUUGGUACGUGUGUUGUCAUGUUUGGCUAUUACUAUGGAGAAUAAGGUUGGGUACGUUCAAGGAUUGAAUGUUUUGUUGGCACCAAUAGCAUACGUAUGUCAUAGAAGUGAGCCACAAGCAUUUUCCAUUCUACAUCAAUUAAUUACGUUUCAUAUUCCAUUAUACAUUACACCCAAUUUAGACGGCGUUCAUACUGGAUUAGCGUUGAUUGAUAUUGUCCUUAAGAUAAUUGAUCCUGUUUUAAGUGAUUAUCUCGAUUCCAAAUUUUUGAAACCAGAAAUCUAUGCGUUCCCUUCAGUGUUGACUUUAUGUGCUUGCACUCCGCCAUUAAACUCGGUAUUGAAACUUUGGGAUUUCUUAUUUGCUUAUGGAACACAUAUGAACAUUCUAUUCAUAGUGGCACAGCUAAUUAUCAAUAGAACUGCAUUGUUAAAUUCAUCGCAACCCAUGAAACUUUUACGAAACUUUCCAAAUCUAGAACCAAAUGAAAUUAUAAAAUUAAGUUUAAGUUUUAUUCCUGAAUUACCUAAAAAGUUAUACGACUUAAUUUCAAGACAUGGAUAUGAUCCAAACGUGCCACACGAACUAAAGCAAUUUAAGCAAUUAUAAUAAACCGUGUUUAUAAUCUUCGUAAUCAUAGAAUGAUCCUAGCACAGUUCGGUCAUUAUACAGUCUACCAGCCAACCCCAAGAUUGCCUUUAAUGCAACAUCAUAGUCUUCAAAUUCGAUGAACACCUUACCUAACCCACGACGCGUUUCAACAAAAAAAUCACCUCCGUGUUCUGGACGCGGUAUUUUAAUGGACACAACAUUACCGAACUUCGAUGCUUCUUGCUUGAUAUCUUGUUGAAUGAAUUUAUAACUGGUGUCGUCAUUUAGCUCUUGUAAUGUUACACAAUUCAAUAAUUGGAUGACUUUCAGCUUGGAAUGUGAUUGAACAAAUUCAUUACGAACUAAAGGUUUUAAUGUAUCAUACUCAACCAGACAAGUUUGAAUAUCGGUUUGAUUUGGAAUAAUACAGGAGAAGAAUGCGUUUUGAACAAAUGAUAUGUGGCUGACUUGCUUUAAGUAUGUUUGUAAUUGAGGUACUUGUUUUUCGAGGGAAUCCUUUUCGUCCACGGAAAACUCGACAAAUACUAAUCCAAGAGAAUCAUUUGUUCCUCGUUGAGUUAAAAACUGCAUUGCUUUAAGCGGAUGAACCUUUUCCAAUUCCUCGCGAAUUUCCUCGGAUGAAAUAUUAGGAGAUACAAUUAAGGACAUUUUCCUAGGGCUGUCUUUUACUGUUUCCUCUAUUUUUUCACUUUGAGGUACUGGGGCAUUUUGAACUAAAUAUUCCCUUGGUCUUGAAAUUAAAAGUUUGAAUUUUUCACCUUCGGGUUUCCGUUCAAGGGAUUCUUGUUUAUAUGCAUUAAAUAACAACUCCAUUUCAUUCAAGGAAUAGAUAAUUGUAGCGCAUUCACUAUUAUUAAACUCAAUAAUAAGCACCUUGUCAUCUUUUGUCUUUCUCUUUGUGUGU